AUGGAGAUAAUUCAAAACGAAGACUCAAAUACAAGAAACGGUGCUGAGAAUGUACGGAGAGACGACAUGAAUAAUGAAGUUUCUUCAACGUCAAGUGAAGAUAUUACGCAGAACAGUAAUUUUACUAAAUUCAAUAACUUUUAUAAGGCUCGUUAUACGGAAUCUGCAGCUUCCGACAAUGAAAUAGAAUCGAGACGUCCUGCUCCUUCGAGGAGUCUCUAUAAAAGCAUGGUAAACAUCAACAAAGAUGUAAGUAAUGAGUUAAAUCAAAAUAGAGUACAAAAUAGCAUUAGCAAUGUAGACAUUAGCAUUCACAGAGAUGAUGUGAAAAAAUAUGACACUUUACAAGUUCCAAUAGUUGGGUAUGAAGUUAUGGAGGAACGAGCACGUUUUACGAUAUACAAAUUGAAAGUUGAAGAUGAUAAACGUGAUCAGUCUUGGUUAGUGUUCCGACGUUAUACAGACUUUGUUAGACUGUACUCAAGAAUUAAGGCUGAGCGACCGAAUAUAGUUUUACCUUUACCUGGUAAAAGAUGGUUUAGAGACAACUUUGAGCCUGCUUUUCUAGAAGAGAGAGUGAGAGGUUUACAAAUAUUUAUUAAUGCAAUAUUGUAUAAACUACCAAACGACCCAGUAGUUAGAGAAUUUUUCUGUUUGGACGAACCUCCUCAAGUGUUUAGUUAUCAACCGGAGGUGCAAGCAGUGUACGGUGCCUUGGAAGACUCUAUAACGACAUUAAAAAUGCAACUGAAGCAGAAGGAUGCAACAAUAAUGCAUUUACAGAAACGGUUGUCACAAUUGGAAGUGCAAACUAACAACUGCCCUAAUUGUAGUACAAAUAAAACUGGUAAUCCAAUGUGA